AUGCCUCUUCGUGCGAAAAUGAAUACUCCACGUGGCGCAGAUGGCUUUGGGGCUGCUAUCGCUGAUCGUUUCAGCCGCGAGGGAUGCAAGGUCAUAAUUUUAGACUUGAAUCAGGUGAAAGGUGAAAGCAAGCAACGAGCCGACUCUAAUAUAACUUUCCUUCCUGGGGAUGUGACUCGCCCUGAGACAUGGGAGAAGGCACUGGAGUUGGCACAGACAAACUACGGCAGGAUUGAUGUGGUUGUCAACAAUGCUGAGCCAACUUUGCGUUCUGAUUUGUUGACUCGGCCCAAAUUAGGAAUUACCCAUGAUCCAUCUCCUAUCCACACCAAGAGUCUCCGUGAAUACGAGAGGACAUUCAACGUGAAUGUGAAACCGGUCUUCAUCAGUGCACAGAUUUUUGCACCUGUUAUGAUGCAACAGGGACAUGGGAUCUUUAUCAACAUAACGAGACUCUGGUAUGAAGUUAUUGACCGGAAAAGUACUGGAUGUACACGUCCGCGGCCGGGGUUUGCCAUUUACAACGCUUCCAAAGCAGCUGUAGAAGUCGCAACCAAAACAAUGGCUCUUGAAUACGCCCCAGCUGUUCGAUUCAACUGUAUCUCCCCUGCUGUGGGAAACACUGCUAUGCCACCUUUAACACGAAGCAGGCUUCAAGCUAGCAUUGGAAAUGGCGAAGAUUCCCGCCAGCGACUACGCCAAGUGGAAGACAUGUUGCCUAUGAAACGAUUGUGCCAACCAUUGGAUAUAGCCAAUGCAGCAUGGUACUUGGGAUCGGAACAGAGUAGUUUUGUAACUGGAACGACCUUGGAAGUGGAUGGAGGUCGAGGCGUGUAA